AUGAACUCCGUUGUGGCAGCGCGGUACCAGAUCUUGGAGUACUUGGGCUCCGCUGCAUUUUCCAUGGCGGUCCAGGCCCUCGAUCUGGAGAACAAUAGGAUGGUUUGCAUGAAGGUCAUCAAGAAUGACAAGGACUACCUUGACCAGUCGCUCGACGAGAUCAAGCUCCUCAAGUAUAUCAACGUCAACGGCGAUGUUGACGAUCAGUGUGUUCUGCGCCUGUACGAUUACUUUUACCACAAGGAGCACCUCAUCAUCGUCACCGAGCUGCAGAAGAUCUCGAAGCAGGUGCUCACUGCGCUGGAGUACGUGCACUCGCUGCGGCUAAUCCACUGCGACCUGAAACCGGAGAACAUCCUCAUCAAGUCCUACAGCAGGUGCGAGGUGAAGGUGAUCGACUUCGGUUCCAGCUGCUUCGUGGACGACCAGAUGUCGUCGUACGUGCAGUCGCGGUCCUACCGCGCGCCAGAGGUGAUGCUGGGUCUGGGGUACGACCAGAAGAUAGACAUCUGGUCCCUCGGUUGCAUCAUCGCCGAGCUGUGGACGGGCUACGUGCUGUUCCAGAACGACUCGGUCCAGAGCCUGCUCCCGUGCCGCCGGGCGCGGGGGGCGGACCACCUCAUGACCCGGGGCAGGUACGUGCCGCAGUACUUCACGCAGGACGGCCAGCUCUACCAGGAGAUCGAGGGCGCCCCCUGCGCCGAGCGGGGGCGCCGCCUGCACCUGCUCGUGCCCAAGCGGACGUCGCUGCGGCAGCGCCUGCGCACCGACUGCGCGGAGUUCCUGGACUUCGUGGAGCAGCUGCUGCGGCUGGACCCCGCGGGGCGGCCCACGGCGGCGGAGGCCCUGGCCCACCCGUUCCUGAGCGCGGGCCGCUUCCCCGACGGCCUGUGA